GAGACACGUGACCGUUCGCGCCAGUAUAUUCACUCAAAUUCGCGCGACCCUUAAACGAACGAUAAUCUGUGAUUUGCGUGUUAUUUUUUCAUUAUGGGAGUUUGUAUGUCAAGAAAAGAGAUCCCUGAUGAAAUCUACAGAUACUGGUCUGCUGUAGCGUCUUCUCUUCGCCUCGGCUGGCUUGGGACGAGUAACGUGAGGACGGAGAUGAAAGCGUGCCAGCUUGCUCUUUUCCCAAAUCUGUUGAACUCCUCAGCCGUAGAGGAAGAUAUUCUUGGCCUGGAGGAACAUCUACGAGAGGGUGCUGAUGUCUCGGGUGGUGAUGAGCGUGGUCGGACACCUCUACAUGUGGCAGCAGGAGAAGGCCAUUUAAACGCUGUUCGCUUCUUGCUGCAGCAGGGAGCGGAUGUGAAUGCCACGGACUGUGAGGAAGAAACUCCACUUCGAGAUGCCAUACGCUGCAAGAGUUUGGAGGUGGUGGAGCUGUUAAUUUCUGCAGGGGCACGUUUGGAAAAAUCCUCAGAGGAACUUGGGGUUGAGAUGUGCUGUCUUGCAUUCCUUGGAGACACAGAACAGAUGGAGGCGUGGAAGAAGGCUGGUGUCAGUUUUAAUGUUUCUGAUGCUCACGGUCGAACUCCCUUACAUGUGGCGGUGUGUACCAAUCAGCCUGAAAUGGUGAUGUUCUGUGUCCGCAAUGGAUCGGAUCUUGAGCAAAGGGACAGGUUCAACAACAGGCCUGUAGAUGAUGCUCAGAGACUAGGCUUACAACACAUGGUGGAGCUGUUGAGUUAUUAGGCCUUCCGUCUCAACCAGGCCCAGAACACUGAGGAACAGCAGGUGUCUGCACUUGUAAAAGAGUUCACAGUUUAAUGUAAUUUGUCAUUGGAUUUUCAGAUCAUAAAACACUUUUUUUACAUUUCUUUUGCAGUUUUUAAAAGCAUUAUAUCAGAAAGAUAGAAGUUGUUUUUGUAAACUGUUAUUUUAGAUGUUUUGGCACAACUAAAAUAGGUUAAUGAAACAAUAAAACAUUUAGAGAAUUUUGUGUUUUUAAAAUGUAAAGUUCCAAGUUUGCUACGAGAAGAAAAGAGGCUAACUCAUUUUCAGGUGUUUUUCUACUUUAUUUGUUAUGGGUUUCCAGUUCUGAACAUGUAAAUAACAAAUAUCAUUCGCCAUAGUAAAAAACACUCUAGCUAUAAUACUUGAACAGUUUUGAAAGUGGACAAAAACAGAUUCAGAAACAACAGAUCCUGGUGUCUGACAGCAAUUGAUAAUGACACACCCUUAAUGCUUUCUGUAGUUUAUGAUAUUUCUACUGUGUUUUUACUUCAUGGUGACUUUUAACAACAUAAAUGUGAUGAGCACAAAAAUGAACAUAGAUGACCAAACACAAUGUGUUAAAAAUCUUAUAAUAUGGUUUAAAUAAACAAAGGCAAUUGG